AUGGCGGGCCCCUCUCCGCCGUCGGGCGGCGGGUCGCUUUCCGGCGUCACCGCGCCGCGGUUGCUGCCGCUGCUGCUGGGCGUGCUGGGUGGCACCGUUGCGUCGCUGGGGGUGGCGCUCGCGGGCGCGCGCUCCUCUGCGGUCGUGCGCUGGUUGCUGUGGCUUCCCGGGGACGUGCUGCUCGACGCUUUCGUGGGGCUCACGCCGCCGGUCGUGAUGCUGCAUGCAACGCGCACGGGCGCAAGCGAGGCCCGCGAGGCUCUCAAGCUUCAGUCGCAGUCCCGAUGGCUGCGGCUCGCAGGGGCGACGCUCGCGGGCUUCGCGCUGUCCACGCUGCUGGCCAGCGUCUUGGGUGCACUAUUGGCCUUGGCACUGCAGAGCAUCGUACCAACUAGCGCCACGCUGGCGCAGGUCUGGCGGCUGCCGGCGGGCGCGGCUGUGGCUUUCGUGUGUCCCCGCGCCGUGGCCAACGGCUCCGUAGCACUCCAAAGUGACGGGACUCUCGCGUGCUCGGAGAAUGCGACCGCGUUCGAGCUCGACGACGUGGCCAAGACGUUCUUGAUGAACCCCAUGACGCAGGCGUCGACUGUGGGCGAGCAGGUGAUCAAGGUGGCCGAGAGCGUCCUCCCGCAGAAUGUAGCGGGCGCCUUCGUUGACGGACAAGUGGUGGGUCUCGUGGCCGGAGGACUUGCGCUCGGAGCGGCGCUGGUAUGUUUCGCCGGAUCAGAGCGCGGACAAGAUGGAGGCAGCUACGAUGAACAAGGAGAGCAGCAGGAGAAGGAGGAAUUCGUGCUGCUGCAACUGGUUGCUCACGCGGAAGCAGCGCUGUGUCGCCUGCUGAAUGUUCUGCUGAGGUACCUGCCCAUGAUUGCGCCCUUCAUGAUGAGCAGCGUACUGUUGGCGUCGUCUGUGUCUUCUGCUUCGAUGAGUGUCAUGGACGUGGGGUCUGCCAUGGCGACUGCCUUAGCGCUCAUGGCUGUGCUGCUGCUUGCGCUGGUGAUCGACGUCGUGGUGAUGCUGCUUCUGGCCACACUCUUCACCCGCUCCAACCCGUUCGCGUUCCUCGAGCACCUUUUACCAGCGCAGUUGUUGGCAAUAAGCUCGGCGUCUCCGCUCGUUGCGCUCCCAACCACCGUCUCUUCCGUCGUAGCGAGCAAGCGUGUGUCGCCUCCGCUGGCCUUCAUCGUGUGCUCCGUGGGCACAGUGCUCAAUCAGACCGGCACUGCACUCUACCUAUCGGUGAGUACGCUGUUUGUGCUAAGCGCUUCUACGUCGGCCAUGGACAGCGUCGAGCUGGCCGCGUCACAGUCUGCAGGCACAUUUACAGCCAUGAUGUUCACCAACGCCUUGAUCUCCAGCAUCGUGUCUCCGAUGCCGAUGGGAAGCAAGACCGCCGCGCUCGCAACGGCGCUAGGACCUGUCUACGGAGUUCCGACGGGCCCUCGUGCCGUAUUGCUGGCCGUCCUCGCGGCGAUGGAAUGGCUCACAGACCCGUUCGUGUCCUGUGUGAACGUCACGAACAACGCGUUGAUAUCGCUGGUAGUAGCACAUUACUUCGAGGCUCAACCGACAGCAGAACCAGAGGCUGUACCAGAAAUCGACGAUUGCGUCGAUGAGCAUGAUGAAUAUCGAGCUCAUACGCAGCAGCAGCCACCGAUGCCCGAUCUGCGCCAGCAGCGAGUACUCGGGAUGAUCCACAGCGAAAAUUGGGUAUAG